AUGGUUCUAGGAACAUAUAGUAACUCAGAGUCUCUAGAUGAAAUAAAGAUGGAGUAUGAGCUGGGAGAGCAGACAGAGCAUCGCCUCAAGGAAAUGGGCGCCCGCUGUGUGGGGGAAACCUUAGACGCAGAGUACUACUACGAUACUGACAGCUUCCAACUGGCUUCUACACAGACCCUGUUGAAUCAGCAUAACGGCCAAUGGGGACUGAUCCUGGAAGAAGAACAGGAGCUUAAUCAUGCUCAGUCAUACGACACCAAAAAGUAGGAAGCUGGACAUUCUAAAGAAAAGAAAAUCAAAAUACUCAACUCAUCACAUGAAGAAAAAUCAGAAACAGGUGCUGCCUUUGGAGAAACAUCUAACAAUGAGUGUCCUGAGAAGGUCUUAGAUACAUCUCUGACAUACACAGAACUGAGUGACCCAUGCUCCAUCAUGCUGCAUCUCUCAAAGUGUCUCAAGCUCCCUCUGACCCACACUGAAAUGAAAAGUAUGACCAUGAAGAACUUCUUGAACUUGGCCCGGAUGCAGGACCAGCAAAGUGAAGUGCUGUCUCUGCCUGGUGGCGGAGAGAACUACUGAAUUCCCACUGAAACUGCUUCUGCAUUUUUGAUGAUGAAUGCUGAUGUGCUGAGCAUAAGCAGUGAGCUGGAAAAGAUGGAUCAGCUGUGUAAAGAACUAGGUCUAAAACCAAAGGCAAGCUCAGAUAAACAAUUGACCUAUCGACGGAAACUGUAA